ACAUUGACGACAUCGAUGAAAGAAAGGUGAGCAUGAUCUGCGGGUUCAAGCAAAAUUUGGUAAAAGACGACAACGUUUCCUGUGUCAACGAUGGAGAUUUCUCGGAGAGAAUCCUAUAGGAUCCUAGAAGUUUCUGAAGGAUCCAGUAAAGAUGAAAUCCGCUCAGCGUACAAACGGCAGGCCCUCAAAUGGCACCCCGACAAGCACCAGAAUUCUCCAGAGGCCACAAAGAAAUUUCAACAGAUAAGCUCGGCUUAUGAGAGGCUGAUGAAGCCUGAGGCGAUUGAAGUUAGUCUUACCAUGGAACAGAUGUUUGAUUUAUUUGCACAUGUCUUUUGUGGAAAUAGAGGUUUCUCCAAUGGCUUUUACAGUUUUGCUGAUGAUACAGACAGUGAUAGCAGCACUGAUUUUUCCUACAGACCUAAUGCUUUUAGAGACAACAAGUCAAGCAGAGAGAAAGAUAAUUCAAGUCCACCACCUGUCACUGAGGCUGAAAGGCGCCAAGCAGAGUUACGGAAAGAGGAGGAGAAACUAAAAAAACAAAAAGAAAAGCGGAGAGAGCGGAAGAAAAGAAGGAAAGCGAAGAAAAAACAGGAGAAAGAGGUUCGAUAUGGUGGAGGUGAUAACAAGAAGAAAGGAAAGAAAGAAGUCGUUCCAGAAUCUUCAGAGGAGGAGGAGGAAGAGGAAGAAGAGGAGAUUAUAACAAAUAAAGAAAAUAUACAAGCAAAUUCGUUAAAUGGAGAUUCAACGGCAAGCUCCCCCAUUGACAAGUCUUCCAAGGCCCAAGCUGUCAACGGCGAAAGAUCGGCCGACGACCAUUCCCAGACCAAUAUAAACUCACACUUUGAAAGCAAUUCCAACCAUCGAAAGGAGGUCCACGAUGGCCAUCAGCAGGGGGAAGGAGACGGGAGAGGGAGAGAAGGUGUAGUAGAAGGAGGCGGAGGCGAUGGAGCCAAGCAGACGGAGGGAAGGAAAACGCAGACAAAGACCAAAAAAGCCGCAGGAAACCCCAAUAUACACAAUCCUGGGAUGUCGGAUUCAGAAAGCGAUGAAGAAACCCAAGGUCUAGAUAUGAACAGUGCCUUUUUUGCCCGAGCUGCCAGCGGCGUAGCCAAAAAACAGACCCCUGCCCCUGCUUCAAAGACCAAAAAGAAAGGGAAAGGAAGAAAAGAAGAAUCUGAAUCGAUAGAGGAUAUGGAUCCACAGACUCUUGAAAGCAGAAAAUUGGCAGUGAAAGGCAAUGAGAUGGCCAGCGAGGGAAACUACCAUGCAGCUAUCAAAUUUUUCUCAAAAGCAAUAGACCUAAAUCCAUUGGAUUUCAGGUUCUUUGGAAAUCGCUCUUUUUGUUAUGAUCAUUUACAAAUGUAUGACCAUGCACUAAGUGAUGCUGACCAAGCAAUCCUCUUGGACAAGACAUGGCCAAAGGGUCACUACCGAAAAGGCCGUGCCUUGAGUGGUCUUAAACUUUAUACAAAUGCAGAGGCAUCCUUUGAGCAUGUCUUGAAACUUGAUAAAAACUGUGCUGAAGCAAUCCAAGAGCUGAGGACAGUCAGAGUCUAUCGGCUUAUGGAAAUGGGUUUUGGUGCACAACAAAGCGAAGCAGCUAUCUUACAAUUUGACACAGUGCAAGCAGCACUGGAAAACCUACUCGCACAAGGGGAUCUACCCGUCAACGGGGAAAUGGAUGAAGUUUACGUCUCAGACGAAGAAGAUUACAUAACCCAAACCAUUCAAGAGAGCAAGCUUGACUCAAGAAAUCCUGAAAAUUUGAAAUCCUUGUGGAUAGGUAAUCUACAACCAACAGUUACUGAAAAGGAAUUAAAGGACCUUUUUAAACCAUUUGGCGAGGUCUCCAGUAUGAGACGAAUGCCAGAAAAGUUUUGUGCCUUUGUUAAUUACAAGGACCCCAGAAUGGCCAGCAGAGCUAUGGACAAACUACAGGGUCGGGAACUGCAUGGGAAGCAGCUACUAAUAAAAUUCCCAGACAACCCUAUAGAACAACAAACCGCUCCAGUCAACGACCACCAGGAGUAUGUGGACAUGCGCUACAAGAACCUGAUCCUCAGGAAACCACAGGCGCAGAUGUCGGCCAGCAAAGUCAACAACAACAAUGUUAACAAGAAAACCAAGCAGCAAAUAGACCCAGCGUUCAAGAUGUCUGGACCAGUAAACGGUGAUGAAUGUUACUUCUGGAGGACCACAGGUUGCUGGUAUGCUGAGCGUUGCCGCUACAAACAUCUACCCGAAUCCAAGGGCAUCGACAGGAAGUAAUUGCGCCCUCUACAGCCCGAGGUUGAAUGUUGUUUGACAACAAAGAUUCAAGAGUGGAAGCUUUUUUUUUUUUUUUUUUAAUGUCCCAUACGUGAAAAAAAAAGAAAAUUCACUUACGGGAUAAAACUUGAAAGACAUUGGACGAAAGAGUCCCCUUUUUAUAUAUAAAUAUGUAGACAUUAAUAUAAAACAGGGGUCUUAGAAGAACAAAAUGACAUACCCUGACUUGACUUUUUAUAUUGGUGGGAUCGUUUUUUUUUUUCCUUUAAAAGAUGCUUUUGCUAUACUGAGCAGUGGAAAAAGAAAAAAAAUUGAGCAACGUUUAUGAACAAGUUGGAGGAAGAAGUUGUUUGGAGAGAAACGAGCGACAACACCAAACAGAGCAAGCGGACGACACGUCUGAAUAUGGCACGUGAGACCUUCAUUGAAGGACAGCUGCAGAGAAGGUGUAGAAGAAAUAUCAACUUCAGAGUCACAUCAGCGCAGCAAUGGCUGUUGUACCAAAGGUGCUUAUGAUAAAGUUAUCCUAUGGGGAGUUGACUAGAGGAAGAUGUCUGAUUAUGAAAUAAUAUUUACUAUUUAAUAACAUAACUGAUGUUUCUAGACAUGUGAUAGAGUGAUCGCUAUCUUUUUAUUCCAGACCAAAAUUGUGCAUCUCCAGCUAAUAAGUGAAGGAUCUCGCAUCAAUCGCCUUUGUGAAAACGUGUACCCGAUUCAAUAUGUGCAGCAAUGAAACAUAAAAUGCAAUGAUUUUUAAAAAUUUCUUACCAAACGUACAUCCUAAUUCAAUUAGCAAGAAGUGGCAGAAUAUAUUCAAUCAAGCAAUUAAAGUCUAUCAUUUUUCAGAAGUCAGAUUUUUUGUUCUGUUGAAGUUGAGCACACAGGCAAGAGAUGAAAUCAUCAUAUGCAGAAAUGGAUGUUGUUCAUAAAUUCUCCCUACUGCCAGUACAAUAUUAGCCAAUUUAAAGAGGAAGUUCACCUUGAAGAAAAGUUUGUUGUAAAACUAGCAGAAAAGAUAUUUAAAAAUAUUGGUGAAGGUUUGAGAAAAAUCGGUUAAGAGAUUAAGAAAGUUAUUAGAAAUGUAAGUUUUGGAUUUGUGAUAUCAUAAACGAGCAGGUGCCCCUUAUCUUGUAUGAAAUGCAUGGAUUUCAUUUUAUAAUGGUUCCUGAGGACUUUUUUGCUUUCUUUUCAUGAUCGGGUGUGAAAUGAUUUGUCUAUUGAUAUUCAAAAGGUACAGUAAAAACCAUUUUCAAAUUUCAGAGAAAAAAAAUCAUUUCAUUGAUUUUUUUUUACCAUUCGCUAUUAGGAAUGCUGCUCGCAUAGGACGUCACAAAUAAAAUUAUUGAAAUUCUAAGAACUUUUUUAUUCUUGGAUGGAUUUAUCUCAAACCUUUGGCAAUAUUUUUUAUUUUUUCUGCUAUUUUUACAAUAAAAUUUUUGUCAGGGUGAACUUCCCCUUUAAAGAAGGUGAUGAAUCUCUUAUUACAGCAGUAAGAUUAUUAGCUGAUGAAAGAAUACGGAGAUUAAUAAGUGUCUAACAUUUCCAACAUAUUCUUAGUAUUAUAUUGUCCACAUUCUGAACAGCAAUGUUGCACCAUCAUAAUCUGUUGCUAAAAAUUUUAUUUUAUUCACUUCAUGACUUUUUAUCUGGCUUGAUUUUUUCUGAAAUCAUUUUUUCUUAAAUGAGAUCAGUGCUCUGUAAGUCUACUAACGGCAAACCAUGUACCAAAGUGACAGCCAAUUUUAAAUAUGUAUUUACAUAACACAUUCUUGAUCCCCUUUCAUAAAGAGAUGGGGGUGGUGUUUCUUAACGAGUUCAGUGUGUCUUAAAGUCGUGCUCAAACACUAACACAUAAUCUGAUUGGUAGUGCACAUCCCUUGCGCAUGAUCAAACCAAUGUGGUGAUGCAUUAUAUACUGCAUGCAUCUGAGAUUUAAUCACGACUCUUAAUUCUUUGUGAUAACACCUCCCUGAUUAUUGAUUACAAUCAAUCCUAAAAUUUAGUACCUGUUCUGCCAUAGACUUGCACAACUGUAAUAGCAAAAUAAUUUGUUCAAUUGUAUAUUUUCUGUUUGGAUAUACUGUUUUGUAAACUUGUCAGCACUAUCAAAUACAUGAUUUCAAUAACAAAUUUGACAUUCACCAAUCAAAUUUCAUUAUUUUAUAAGCUUUUAACUUCAACAUGAAUUGGUCAUUGAUAACAAUUUUCAUCAAUCAGUACCCUAGAUCAUAUUGUAUUGCCUUUAACACAAAAUGAUCCUGUUUCUUGAACCUAUUAUUGAUAGAAUAUUACAAAUUUUUACUGGAAGAUAAUAAAAUCAUGGCAUUUGAUUGGCUGAUAGAAAAAUUGUCAUGGCAUUUUAGCAUUUUAUGAACUGGAGAUUAGUACUUUUCUGUUUUGUAGAAUAUUGUAUUGGCAAUAGGGAGAUUUAAAGGGGAAGUUCACCCUGACGAAAAGUUUGUUGUAAAAAUUACCAGAACAAAAUAAUAAAAGCAUUGUGAAGGUUUGAGGAAAAUCCAUUUAAGAUUAAGGAACUUAUUAGAAUUUUCAGCUGCCCCAGAUGUUACAUAAUAUAAAUUGCAUAAAUGUAAUUUUUUAAGGGUUCAUGAUGAUUAAAGGUUUCUUCUAGGAGUGGGGGUGAAAUAAUUUGUCAAUAUAGUGAAGGUAAAAUAAUACCCAUUAAAAAAUUUUGAGAAAAUUACAUUUCAUUGAUUUUUUUUAAAUUCACAAAUAAAAAAAUGACAUUUAUGUUUAACUUUUUAAAUCUUUGAUGGAUUUUCCUCAAACCCUCAUCAAUAUUUUUUAUUAUGUUUUCUGCUCUUUUUACAAUAAUUUUUUGUAAGAUGAACUUCCCCUUUAACCUUCCAUUUUUUGCAAAAAAAUAUUUUAACUUGGUACUGAACAAUGUCACUGUCAUUUUUCUAUUUUAGUUUGAGACAGAUGUAUUUCCUUUUUAUGUUCUCUACCACCUACUUAUCAACUUGAUAGCUUUACGAUUUUAUCAAUUUAUAGAAAUUAGGGCUGGUGAAGAAUAAUAUAAUCUGAUGCUUGAAUGUUAUCUUACGAAUGUUUAUUCAUUUGAAUAACUGUGAUAUAUUUAUUGGUCAGGGGAGUCCAGUCCAGUUUUAUCCAAAAGUUACUAUAGUAACCAUAGUAACUGUGGGUCUCGGCCAAUCAAAAUCAAGGAAAAUUGUCAGAUCCUACACCUUGUUGGAUGAAAAUGUUGAUGAAAUGCUCCCUUGGAGAGCAAAAAAGGGGGUAAAGUAAUAUGAUCUGUCUUGAAAUAAUGGUUUUAUUAUUUAUUUUCCUUCACAUUAUUUCAUGGUCCACAUUCUUGGUAACUUUGCUAACUUUCUGUUUAGUCUGAUCACAUAUGGUCUAAUCUCAGUUUUAAAAAAUUGGAAAAAUUUACAAAGUAUAAAAAAAUUAAUAUUAAAUUAUCUGAAGUUGAUGUGAUAAACUGACAUUUCUUUAUGCCAAGGAAUAAAACAUGAGUGACUGUUGAACUCAAAUGAGAGGAAAUUUGAAUAUUUGAUUUGAUAAGAAUUAGAUAGUUCCAUCAACCUCCCAUAAAUCAAACUUGUAUGAAAUGAAAAAUCUGGCAAAUGUAAUAAUGACACCUUACAUAUUUUUCAGCCUGUUUUUUUUUAAUGACCCUUUAGAUUGGACUAUUGGAAUAUUGCAUGUGCUUAUUUAAAUAAGAUAAGGAUUUAUUUAUUUACUAUAUUAUUUAAGAUUUUAAGGACUGUGUUUCUUAGGCCUGUAUUCUGAGCUCCAAUUUGAUUUACACUCUGGCCCAAAGUUGUUAAAUUAUGUAUAACCAAUUGUGAUACAAAUCUCUGGUACAGUUUCAACUUACCACCUCAAUUAAUACUAAAAUCAUUGAUAGUUGAUUGGGAAUAACUACUAAAAUAGUUUUCGUCACAUUUAAAACAUGGGGGAAAUAUUGUAAAUUAAAAAAAAAUAUAUAUAUAUAUAUAUAUAUAUAUAUAUACAAUGUUAACAAAAUGUUAAGCUUCCCAUAGUUCUGGCACAGAGUUAGACCAUGGCCUAAAUUAAACUGACUUCAGCAUACAGGCCUUAUUGUCAGGGGAUUCAAAUAACUUACAGGAGUGUAUUUCUGAAGAUUAAUUUCCCACAAUGAGGGGAUAAUUUCUCAAGCAAUCCAUAGAAACAUGUUCUGCUAUGGGAUACGUAAGGGGGUGUUGCAAGAAACUAGUUGCAAUCAAUUGCACAUUUCUAUUGCAAUUUUACAAUUGAUAGAUCAAUUGUAACUACAUGUAUGGCAAAUAGAUAUUUCGUUCCUGAUGAAAGAUAAAAUAAAUUGAGUGCAAAUUUGCAAUUGAUCGCCAGACUUGUGAUUGAUUGUGGGACGUAGAAUUAAAUUGCAAUUGAUUGCUAGUUGAUUGCAAUGCCCCAACAAACUUCUGACCAAACCAAUGUUGACAUCAGGAAUUACUUUCUUUUUUAAUUGUCAGCCAAUCGGCUUGUUAGGAUGAUGUGUUUUCUUCUGAAAUCUUGUAUCAAUCUUAAGGCCCUUGUCACAUUGUUCCGUGCAAGCCUUGCAUGUAAUUUGCCGGUGACUAUUUUAGCUACCCGCAUUGCCCAGGGGUGGCCCACAGUGACAGUUUCUCGCUAGCAGUUGCCCACAGUAGCAAUCGCAAGUCUCAUUUGUGCGCAGAAAAGUUUUGAGCACAUUCAAAACUUGUUUUGUUACGGGCGAGUUGCAAGAGAAUGCCCUCAGCUUGCCCGCAAGGCUUGCGUGGAACGAUGUGACCGGGCCAUUAUCAAUGUCUGAGGCAAUAAUGUCAUGUGCAAGCAUGAACUUGUAUUUCUGCAACUUUGACCAUGUGUGUUCUUAUGUACACUGUCCGUCAUAUAGUAGGAUAGGACGUACAGUACAUGUCAUCGUUGGGCUGUUAAAACUUUGUCGGAAUACAGAAUUAAAUCUUGAAAUUUAAAAGAAAAAAUGAGUACAGCUGAGAAAAACUCUAUUAUAGAGGUGUGACUUCAGUUGGAAAUCAUCUUUUGCACAGAAAUAUAUCUGUAAAAGAAUUAGGAGGUUGUUUCAGACAAUGUGAUGUUGCCAACAUUUUCAUAUUUCUAGAUUGCCACUCUUUUUUGAGCUGUCCUAAUUUUUUCAAAUUUUUAUUUUUAGAUACAAGGUAAGAACAGCCCAGCAGUGAUGUAUGUCGGUCUAUGUUCAUGGGUUCCAGAUGCUCUACAUGUCGUUUUAGAUGUGAUUCUUAUUUAUGAUGAAAAAGAGCAAGAGGUUUAGGGGGGCUGCCAUCACCGUUAGACAUGGAAAUACUGUUGAUACUAAAUAAAAAAUAUAGGCUUUAAUUCAUAAAUAUGAUUUUAAUCUGUAGUCUGAAGUCAUGAUUUCGCCAUUUCAUGCAUUGAUUACACUUAAAGCAAUGUAUAUUUUAUUUUAACCAAAGGGCCUAAAAUGAAUGCAUGAUUUUAUUACAGAGUGGUGCAUUCUUGCAGGUUACUUAUAAAGGUUACUGCAUGAAUGGACCAACAUGCAAGAAUCUAUCGAAGUGGGUAUUCAUUAUUUUGCUCUUCCUCAAUAUAUUUACCAAAUUAAGCAUAAUUAAAGAAUGAAAUCUACUUUAACCAUGGUUUUCAGACUACAAAAUCAAAUUUUCCUACAGUUGGGCCUAUAAGUCUUAUUUUUUUAUAUCAAUAAAACUAUUCAAUAUUUUCAUUUAUUUUAUUUAUUAUUAUUUUUUUUUUGGGGGGGAAUCGAGAAGGCAUAAUUAAUGCAAUCAAUACUUGAAGAUAUUUCAAAGAAUCGAUACCACAAUCAUAAUAAAUAGUUGACUAUGGCAAAAUAUAUAGCCUAUUUGGUUGGUAUAAGCACAUAGAUAUUACCUAUGAAUAAUAGAAUUCUACUCUUGAAAGUGGUAAAAGAAAAUUAUUAUUGUAAUGGGAAUAAAACAUUUUGUUUAAGUAGCUGCUAAGUUUUAAGGAGUCACUGUAAUUUUGGCUCCAUAUCUUUCAAAAGCAGAUCUGCCAGAAUAAACACAAUUUUUAAAUGA